AUGGCAGACUACAUGGCGAUCACGUCGCCACGCGACGGCCUCACGAAGCGGUACCUGACGAUCCCGGUCGUCAACACGAACGAGGUCGGGCCGAGCUUCCUGUACCCGACCAAGGACUGCGGCUACGAGGACGUCACGGCGCCGGACGACGACCUGCGCGCGAUCCGCGACAAGCUCAACAAGCCCAAGCACCUUCUGAGCGAGUGGCCCGCGACCGCCAUCUCGGGCAACGACCUCUUAGGCUCGGUCCUCUACUCGGCGGGCAUCGUCGCCAGCAAGGCCGGCUGCCUCUCGCCCGUGCACAAAUAUCUUUUGCAGAUUUCCUUGUCAGGUGGUCGAUUCGACCUCUGUUUGACAUUCGUGACCGCGAUUCCCAUGAACGGCGGGUCGUACAACUGCCUUUUGAACGCGACCUCGAAGCGCGUUGCGGCCGUCGCCGCCUGUCUGAGCAUCCUCGCGUACCUCGCAACGGCCGUCGUCUCGGCCACGUCGGCCUGCUACUACCUCCAGACGCAGGUGCCAGGACUGCCCGUGCUCGGCACGUCGAUUGCGCUCCUGGGAGUGUUCGGCCUCUUGAACAUCAUUGGCAUCUCCGAGUCGUCGAUCGUCGCGCUCGUGAUCUUUGGCCUGCAUGCGCUGACGCUGACGGUCGUUGCCGUCGCCAGCCUCAUCUUUAUGAUUCACCACCCGGACGUGAUCCAAGCCAACUACAAACGGCCAUUCCCCGACGUUGACUUUGUCGGGAGUAUUGUCUCUGGCAAUUUCAUGACGGCGCUUUUUUUCGGCUUUUCGGCGUCGAUGCUCGGCGUCACCGGGUUUGAAACCUCGGCCAACUUUGUCGAAGAGCAAAAGCCCGGCGUGUUUCGCAAGACGAUGCGGAACAUGUGGAUGCUUGCGUCGGUCUACAACAUUUCGCUGGCGAUUUUGAGUCUCGGCGUGCUCCCGAUCGACGUCAUGAUGGCCAACCCGAGUGUCGUGCUGGCGCAAAUGGGCCUCGCGGCCGGUGGUCACUGGCUUCAGCUCUGGGUCGCGAUCGACGCGUUCAUCGUCUUGUCGGCCGGCGUCCUCACGGGCUAUGUGGGCAUCACAGGGCUCAUUCGGCGCUUGAGCAACGACCGCGUCAUGCCCGAGUUUCUCAGCUACGAAAACCCGUGGCGCCACACGCCGCACAACAUUUCGAUUUCGUUUUUUGUCAUUGGGUCGAGUCUCAUUCUGGCGCUCGACGCCGACGCGACCAUGCUUGGCAACGUCUUUACCUUUGCGUUCCUCUCGAUGAUGUUUCUCUUUGGCUUUGGCUGCAUCAUGCUCAAGCUCAAGCGCCAAGACAUCCCCCGCGCGGUCCACGCGCCAUGGUGGACGUGUAUUCUUGGCUGUACGCUGGUCGUGCUCGGGUACUUUGGGUCGCUCCUCGGCGACCCCAAAGUGUUGCUGGUGUUCUUCCUCUACUUUAUGGUCAUUGCCGCCAUCGUCUUUUCGAUGAUUGAGCGCAUGAUGGUGCUCCGGUGCCUCAUCUUCCUCGUGCACAUGGUGUGCGGCAAGGAAGCGCCGGUCGAGACCGACCCGAUCGCCGAUGUCGAGGCCAACGUUCUUCCGCGCGUCCAGCAGCACACGGACGACGACAACGACCGCAGCAGUCUCGCAACUACGACCAAGCACAAGUUUUACGAGCACGAUACGCACCGCGUCGCAAUGCUCACACGGACGAUCAAGCGCAUCAACUCGCGGCCAAUGGUGUUUUUUGUCAAGGACAACAACCUCGUUCUUAUCAACAAGGCCAUUCUGUAUGUCCGGAGCAACGAGAUCACGCACUACAUGCGGUUCUUUCACGUGUACGCCGACGACGAUGCAGCGACACGCGCCCGGCUUGCCGAGCUCCGGGACAUCAUCACCAUGUUUGACGGUGUGUACCCAAAGCUGCACUUGGACUUUGUGUCGGUGCACGGGCAGUUUGAUCCGGCGACGAUUCUUUGGAUUGCCGACGAGUACAAGAUCCCGACCAACUUUAUGUUUAUCAAGCAACCGAGCAACAUUGCAGUCCACAAGGUCUCGUCGCUCGGCGUCCGCGUCAUUACAGGGUAA